AUGGACCUUAAAUGGAAAAUUAUCACCACCAUCAUAUUUAUAGCUUUUGCAAUCAUUGUGCUGUUUACAUGUGAAAUAAAAGUUGGAUUUAGGAAAAAUUACAUGAGCCUUGAACUCAAUGUUAUUGUUGACCAAUAUACAGUAUGUGAAACAGAGAUGAUGAAGAAUGCAGAAAUUCUCUUGGCUAACGAAAGAGAAAAAGACUCCCAGUUAAAUGCUCUAUGGAAGAAAGCAGAGGAGAGAUGGAAGACUCUUCUAAAUCCCAAUGUGAGGCACAUUGAGAAGCCAUUUGAAAUUGCUGUCAUUGCCUACACCAACCUCGAGAUUCCAUUUUGUAGGAAAUUUAAUAAUGCAGUCAGAACAUGUUGUAAAUCCAGAAAGGAUUACGUGGAAAAUUUCCAUUUCAAAGCUUUCUAUUUUUAUCUGACACAAGCUGUCCCACAUCUUGCAGGACCAUGCAUGACUGUGCACAGGGGCAUGAGUUUAAAAUUCUAUCCUGAUAAGACAGGUAAAAUGUGCUUUGGCCAAUUUGCCUCAUCAUCUAUGGACAUAAAUGUGGCCAAAAGUUUUUUAGGGGGCUCAGGGACACUCUACAGCAUGACCACUUGUAUUGGGGCUUCCAUCCAGCAUUUAUCAUAUGAAGAAUCAUAAAAGGAAGUGUUGAUCCCACAGUAUCAGGUCUUCAGCAUCUCUACUUUUGAAUCCAGUUCCUCUGGCCUCCAUACAGUCAGCCUAAAGAAUAUAGAUGUCUGUAGUAACUUUAAUUGUGCGUACCUAAAAGGAGAGGAGAAUAACAUCUGUCUUUCCAAAUGUGAUCUUGGAAUAUAG